AUGCGACGGCCGCAACCGUUGUGGUUUGGGCUGCUUGCCCUCGCCGGCGCCGCGGUGCUUAAUCUCAAUGUAGACGAUGCUACUCUUUCCCUGGAGGCCGACGACGCCACGGACAUUGAUGCGUACGUCGCUUCCUUGAGUCUACCGCGGCUCGAAGGCGCCGGCUGCGGUGCCAAUGACGCGCCGUGCGUGCGGAAAGUCGUCGCGGACGCGUUGCGCGCGGCCGUCGAAGACGAGGCGCCGCCGGCGCCACUGCGCUGCGAGGCGAACGCGACCGCCGGCGUGCGCCUCGCGCCGAAAAUAGCCGGCCUCGCCGCGCGCACGGCCCGGCGCUGCGGCGCCGGGCCGCGCCGCGUUGCGAUUGCUCACGCGAGGCCGAGCGAGGCCCGGGUCGCGGCCGCCUGGGCGGCGGCAGCCGAAGCGGUUGGCGUCGUGGCGCUCGUCGCGGCGCCGGGCGGUUUAGGGGAGCGUGGAAGCGACGUGUGGGUCGAACCCACGGGUUCCGUGGCAGCCGCGCACGCGCUGACGGCGUCGGGCUUCGACGUUGUGGUCGUGGCUUCUAUCAAUGUAUUCCUCGUCGACGAUCCUUUUAGAGCAUUCGAAGGCUGCGCCGUGGGCACGGCCAGGGACGGCCUCGUCGCGUUCCUGCGGUCCGGCGCACCGCGCGCUGCGGCCGUCGCCGCGGCCUGGUCCGCUUUUGUUGAAGCGCGGUGUGAGCCGCGCGCGGCGUUCGUAGAAGCGCUCGGUACAACGUUCUGCGACGCCAGCCAGGACGUCGCGUCGCGCGCCGCGAUGCGUGCCAGCCACGGCCUCGCGAGGUUCGGCGCCUUCUCCGCGAUCGAGCUACCGGGCGCGACCGAGGAUCAUGUCCUGGAAAACGCGCGGCGGCUCGUCCCGCGACGGAUACAGGAAGAGGACGUCGACGAGGACCGUUGGGUCUUCUACGCGCUGGACCAGGGGAGCGAUCGAUGGGAGGCGGAUUGGUUACAGCGGUUGUUUUCAGAGAUCCGCGGUGGGAUCGAGCCGGGCGCACCGCGGGCGACCGCGCGGUUGACGCUAGUCAGCGCGCUCGACCGUGCCCAGAACGUCAUCCUCAUGGUGAACACGCACCAGCAGGACGUGCAGCACGCCUUUGUCAACGAGAGCGCUCGGCUCUGGCGCGCCGCGGGCCGGAAGCGCGUCGGUCUGGUCGUGGUCGACGAGAACCACGGCGACUGGCUCGAGGCGAACGGCGAACUCGUAAAUCGCCUCGCAUUUGUGCUCCGCCUCGGCUUCGGGGCCUACCAGGACCCAGACGCGGUCCCUCGGCUGCGGCGGACGCAGCUCGUCGCGCCGCUGGGGCCGACCGCCUUUCUGAAGGGGGCCGUCGACGACGACGUCACGACGCGCCGGUAUGCCUGGGGCUUCCUGGGCCGCGCGCAGUCGCCGGCGCGGGCGCACGCGCUCGCGAGCUUUUUGCGGGAGGGCGAGCGGCGCGGGGACGCCGCGCUCGUGCACAUUACGGCAGGCCUCGACGCGACUUCCGUGGGAAAUUGGCGGCGAGGCACCGCAUGGGACGUCCCCACGAACGAAUCGUCGUGGCGGCGGGGACUGGAGAGCGCCGUCGCACCGGAGAAAUAUCGGCGCGCGCUGCGGUCCGUCGUCUUCGCCCCGUCGCCCCCGGGAAACAACCACGUCGAGUGCUACCGGACCUAUGAAGCGCUGGAGGCCGGCGCCAUUCCCGUGGUGUCGAGUCUGUAUUACAAGCGCUGGUUCGACGCGCCGUUUCCCGUCGUCGACGGCGAGUGGUCCGCGGCGAGUGUCGGUCGGGUGCUGGCGCUGCGGGACGACGUCGCGGCGCUGCGGACGCUGAGUGCCGAGGUCCGCGCCUGGUGGGCGCGCGCGAAGGAUGAAUAUAAGCGCCGCGUCGCCGAGCUCGUCGACGGCGGGGUCUCAGAAGAGCCUCUGCUCGCGCCUCGCUGCGGCGCGAACGCCUCGCUCACGUUCGUCGCGUCCGUCAACGGCGUGGCGCACGAGGUCGCGUUCCCCGUGGAUGGGAGUGCCGAGGCGUUGGGUGCGGUCGCGGACGCCUUCCGCGUGCGGGCGGGCCUGGAGCUCGGCCGGGGCUGCGAGCUCGCGGCCGACGGCGCCCGGUGCGUCGUGGACGAGAUCGUGCACGACAUGCGGCGGCGCAUCGCGAAGGAGUGCGGCCUUCCGGAGCCGCCGCCGCCGCCGAAGGCCAUCGUCGUGGCAGCGCCGCCGGGAUGCCUCGGCGAGCAGGUGGCUGGGCUCUUCCCCGUCGACGUCGAAGUCACGCAUCAUCCCUUUGUAGAGGCGACGACGCCGCGGCUCGGGGCCGGGACACUCGUCGUGGCGGUGACGCGCGAUCCCGUCGCGUCCUACUGCUCGGCGCCCGGGCCGGUCCCGUUCGCUCGGUACGCGCACCGGUGGCUGGCGCACCUUCAGUACUGGGAGGCGCGCGACGACCUCACCGUCGCGUGGCUCUCGGUCGAGGAUCUGCACCGCCGCGCCUUGAUGGAUGCGCUUCACGCGAGACUCCGCGCCUUCGACAACCCGGCCUGGGCCGCGUUCGAUCAGGCUUUUUCCGUCGACCGCACGUGCGUCCGCGACUUCGGAGACGUCGACACGCUCGCCCCGGGCCUCGCGGCGUUCGGCUACGACAUUGGGGCCGCGGUGGCGCUGGACGCGGCGCGGAGACGCCUCCGUGCGACGCCGAUCGCGCGACUCCGCGACGCGGCCGCCGUCGAGGCGCUGGUGCUGGCGUGCGGCGUCAACGACGAGAACGCGCGGGAACUGCCGGCGGAGAUGCUGAGGAACGCCGGCGGGCUCCGCAUUUACCAAUACCCCCGGCAGUUUGGCGCGUACGUCGCUUUCCUCGCCGCCGGGCCACUCGUGACGUCGUACCUGGAGAUCGGGUGCCGCUGGGGCGGCACGUUCGUGUUUACGGUGGAGGUGCUGGGCCGUCUGGGGGAGGCGAGCGGCGGUGUGGGGGCCGACGGCCUCCGCGCGCUCGCGAUCGACAAGUGGCAGGACCCCGCGCUGCUCCGGGAAUACGCGGCCGCGCGCUUCCGCAAGCUCGAUUCGGCCGGGGCGCCGUUCGCCGAGCUUCUGGCGAAGGCGCCCGCGUGGGAUCUCGCUUUCAUCGACGGCGACCACUCCUACGACGGUGUGCGGCGCGACUUCGACCUCGUGCGGAACCGAACGACGCGCUACAUCGUCCUGCACGAUAUCGCGUCGGACGAGCCGUCGUGCGCGGGCGUCCGCCGCUUCUGGCGCGAGGUCCGCGACCAGUUCGAGACGCACGAGUUCGUGGAGCAAUACGACGACGUCGACGGCUCGUACUUUGGAAUAGGCGUUAUUGUGGUGCCGCGCUCCAGUAGUCUCUAGCGGAGUCGUGUAUUAACCUGUUC